UAUUCCCCAAACACCCCAGAACAUGGCUCCAUCAAGUGGAUAUUCAUCUGCUUCAGGGGAGUUGUGGGGCUUACCCUUGAUGCCAAGUAAAAUUGUAAUGGAUAUGCUUUUACCAAAUGGGAUCUACCUAACUCUGGAGGCUGCAAGGGAGUCAACAUUACUGGAUCUAAAAGAUGAUGUCUGGGCACAGGCACGACAAUAUCCUUUGUAUGAAUCUUUAAUGGAACCUGCUUCUUAUAUUUUUGUCGGAAUCACACAAGAUGCAGAAUGUGAAGAGUUCUAUAACGAAAAAAGACGUUUGUGUGAUCUUCAUCUAUUCCAACCUAUUUUACGCCUCGUUGAAGCAGAAGGUAACGUCAAAGAAAAGAUAUUGAAACAUGAGAUACGACAAGCGAUUGGUAUGUCUACAGAUGAAUUUGAUCGUAUCAAAUGUCAAGAAGUUGAUGACUUUCGCAGAGACAUGUCAGUGCAUUGUAAGAAUGUAAUUGAAAAUAGAAGAGACAGUUCAGAUGAUUGUGCUCUGAUCAAAUACAGAUAUCCUCCUGCUGUUGAGUCUUCGCCUACCUUGCCUCUACACACCAAAAAUAAACUUUUGAGACAGAAAUUGGUGGUUAUACGAAUAUGGGACAAAGAUGAUGAAAGGCAAGUUAAAUAUUCAGUCAGGGUUCCGUACAAUGCCACACCAGCUGAUGUUCUUAUGGAAGUUGUAAAGAAAAGUGUCCGUAAUUGUAAAGAUACCUAUCCUCCUGAAACCCGGUCCUUGUCCACUAAAGAGCUUGAAAGCAUUUAUGUGUUAAAAGUAUGUGGUGUGAAUGAGUUCAUUAUUGGUAGCUAUCCAAUAUGUCAAUACAAAUAUAUUCGCCAGUGUGUGAAUAGAUCCGAGUAUCCUGAUUUGACUGUUCGACUUACAAAGGACAUUGUUAGAGACAUUGACCCUGGACUUUUUUAUUUACAACCACAAAUAGCGAAGUGUAAAAUUACAACUCCUAAUGAUUCAUCAAAAUUUAUUUGCAGUGAUACGUCAUUUCGAAUACGUGUUUUGUCUGCCGCUUAUGUGAACACGAAAGAACAAGAUCGUACUUUCGUGUUUUUAAACUUAUAUCAUGGCAAUACACCGCUUUGUCAUUCUCAGAAAACGCAGGCAAUGGCGUGCCCACCAAAAUGGAAUGAAACUCUUGAAUGCGAUAUAUCUUUACGAGAUAUGCCUCGAAGUACCAAACUGUGCAUGGCUAUUUGUGUUCUAAAGCGCAAGAGAGAUGAAUGUUGGCCACUGGCUUGGGCGAACAUUCCCAUAUAUGAUUAUAGAGGAUGUCACUUGCAAGGCAGACAUACGGUACAUCUGUGGUCUACUUCUCAUUUGACUGAAGACUUACUCAAUCCACUUGGAGUAUCAGGACCAAAUCCAUGCAAAGAUUCUCCAAGUUUAGAAUUGGAGUUUUGUGACCUUGGACCGGAAGUUCGAUUUCCACUUGAAUCACAGAUUGUUGACAAUUGUCUGAGAUCUUCUGGUGAUGGGGCUGAAGGUUCAGAUUAUUUUAAAUUUGAUAUGAUGGAUAUUAACUCUCAUGUAGAUGAAGAAUCAGUGCUUCAAAUCAAAGAUAUCGUUAGUCGUGAUCCUUUGUAUGAACUGUCUGAUAAUGAGAAAGACUUGAUGUGGAACAAUCGUAAAGCAUGUAUGCAAAUACCAGAAUCUUUACCCAAACUUUUACAAUCUGUCAAAUGGGAGAAUAGGAAUGAGGUUUCACAAAUAUAUAUGUUGCUCAAGCAUUGGCAACUACUGCCUCCAGAGAUUGCACUAGAGUUGCUUGAUAGUAAAUAUCCUGAUCCGAAUGUACGAACAUUUUCAACCAAAUGCCUCCAGCAAACUUUGAGCAAUGAUGAUUUGCUGAAAUAUUUGUUACAGUUAGUCACAGCCCUGAAAUUUGAACCUUACCUCAACAAUGCUUUGGUUAAAUUUUUACUCUCAAAAGCCAUAUUGAAUUUACAUGUUGGACAUUACCUGUUUUGGCACCUAAAAGCAGAAAUGCACAACAGCAAAAUAGCAUUAAAAUUUGGUUUAAUUUUAGAGACAUUUUGCAGAGCAUGUGGGUCAUAUCUUACUGAGAUUAUGAGACAGACCGAGAUGCUUGAAAAGCUUAUUAAUUUAAACACCAUCAUGAAGAAUGAAGACACGGUUUCAUGUAAAGUUUUCAGAGAUCAUCUGAAUAAAACAGAUUUUCGUGAAAUAUUCCAACACAACACCAACCCAUUAAAUCCUUCCCAGCAAUUAGGUGCAUUAGUAACAGAACAAUCAGAAGUGAAAACUUCUGCUAAAAGACCAUUCAUUUUGAAAUGGUAUAAUGAAGAUUCACUUGCAACUUUUUUCCAACCAAUGUGGGGAAUUUUGUUUAAAAAUGGCGAUGACCUACGGCAAGACAUGUUAACGUUACAAAUCCUCAAAGUGAUGGAUGAUAUAUGGCAGCAAGACGGCCUCGAUAUGUGCAUCACCCCAUAUAAAUGUAUAUCGAUGGGAUUUGAAGUAGGGAUUGAAAUUAUACCUGAUUCUGAAACAGUUAUGAGCAUUCAGAAAAAGGGAGGUGUAGUAGGUUCUUUGCAACUGAAGUCUGGAAUGCUACAUCAGUGGUUAAAAGACAAUAACGUUGGUGAUCUUCAGUAUGAAAAAGCUGUGAAAAAUUUUACAUAUUCGUUUGCUGGAUACUGUGUUGCAACUUUUAUACUUGGUAUAGGAGAUCGACAUAAUGAUAACAUUAUGGUCAAGAAAAACGGACAACUUUUUCACAUUGAUUUUGGACAUUUUCUUAACCACAAAAAGAAAAAAUAUGGAAUUAAACGCGAGAGAGUCCCGUUUGUUUUGACAGAUGACUUUUUGAAAGUAAUCUGUAAAGGUGCUAAUGAUAUCACAAAAACAGAAGAAUAUGCAGAUUUUCAGGACUUGUGUUGCAGAGCAUAUUUAUCUAUUCGACAUAGAUCACAACUAGUCCUCAACCUCCUAUCUAUGAAUGGAGCUGAAAUUCCAGAGCUUUCUUCACUCGAAGACUUAGAAUAUGUCAGGAGUUCUUUGGCAGUUCAAACCUCUGAAUCGGAUGCAUUGAGACAUUUCAGAGAUUGCAUGAGUACUGCUCAUAGUGGACGUUGGACUACAAGAGUUGAUUGGGUUUGUCAUGCAGUUAGUCAAGGUGUUUUUAAGAACUGAAAUCUCUUGUUGCUUGCAAACAAGGCUUCCGACACACAGCUGUCCAGGAGAUUUAUCUACAGUUAUAGGAGAUGUUUUUCAGGCAUCCUUUUUUGGUUUUCACAGAUUGACUUGGUAUGGUUAAUGUUAUGGUACCAAAAUGAUGACUUCAAAGGAGCAAUAAUUCAUUUGUAGAAUUGAUUGGAAAAAGGUUUGGAAAUAUAUGAACGGUACAUAAGGAUUGGGCAUGAUAUGAAGCUUAGCUUUUUUACCAGAAUUGACCCACAGCGCCAACUUAUUUUUUAUCACUAGGAUUGCUAACUGGGUUCUGAGUAGUAUUUGUAAAUGUUGAAUGUUUAAUUCUUAAUAAUGGUUUCAAAUAAUUGCAUUUUAACGUUUAUUUUAUAUUUGCUUUGUAUAUCAAGUUUUUACAUUCUAUAUUUUAUUUUCGUGGUAUUUGCAGAGACGCAGUGAUGACUGUUGCUUUGCCUUCGGUGUUACUUUUUUGUGUUCAGAUUAUGGUUGCACUUGUUUUACCACGGUUCAUUGCUUCUACCUGCAGAUGUAGUGUUAUAGAUUGUGCCAUCUCACCUGAUUUUAGAUAUCUUACUUUCCAUUUGAAGUAUUCAACAGCCUGGGUGCUUUAUGUUAUGAAUACUUAGUACAAAUGUGUUACUUUUGCAGUUGCAGUGCCAUCCAGCAUUAUGAUGGAUAAACAAGGUAGCUAUUUUUUUAUUCAGUGACCAAGGUGCCCUCAGGUUUUAUUCUGUGCCUUAUAUUUAUUUUUUUUACGAAGCAAAUAUUAGUACUAUUUAAAAGUGAUAAUAAAGGUUUAUUAUUUCUUGGGUUGUUAACACCAUGUAAAACACCAUUCGGAUAAUACAAACAGGAAGAAGAUAAUGUGGUGAACUACUGACUGAAAAAAAUGCGCUUUUUGAAAAAAAUAAAUCAAAUGUUAUGUAGAAACGACUCUGCUUUUUCAAUUGAAAUGAGUAUCUUAUUUUUUCAACACUACUCUCUAUUAUGUAAAGGCUGUAUCUGUUAGUAAUUGGCUGACUGAUCUUGAGAUAGUUUUUCAUCGUUGGAACAAUUUUUUAGAUGUAUAUGUGCACACUUGUUUGUUAGAAGUUGCAUAUGAACUAAUUGUUUUAUGGAUCCUACUUGGUUCCCAGCAUGGAAAAUCCUCUUUACAAAAGACGAUUACUGAUUUGU